ACACGGCAGCCAUCUUGCAGGGUCUUACCGGGAUAAAACGUUCGCUCUGGAGUUUAUUAACGAGUGACGGUAAUUUCUGGCUCCGAUCGGUCGAAUUAAUUUAUUUCUCGUGAGAUCUUAAACUCAAUCGCGAAAAUAUAAUGGCCUUCUUUGUAAGACGAUUCUUUCCUACUGUCAGAGCCGACGACGACGAUGGCGAGCUAGUCGAUCCACAGAAAGUACUUCGUGAGCAGUGUUCGAAGAAAUCUAAUUGUUCCAGUCUGCAGCAGAAGCUGAACACAUGCAAUGACAGAGUAAAUUCGAGAACUAAAACAGAGGAAACUUGUUUGGAGGAACUCAUUGAUUAUGUUCAAUGUGUCGACCACUGUGUAGCCAAGACGCUCUUCACUAAACUUAAAUAAUUACAUCGAGUAAAUAAUUGGUAAUGCCAACUAAAAGUUAUUAGUUCCAACCACCAUGUUGUAUAUACAAUUUCAUUAUUAGAAAUAAAAGGGGAUUGAAAAUGAA